AUGAUAUACCGUAGAUAUGACGCACAAAAUGGCAUUAUACGAAGAAAAAACAAUAAUCUUUCUAAUAAACAAAUACAGUUUUUAUCAACAAAAAAUCCCAAAACAUUUGUUAUUAUGAUUCGUAUUCUUGAUAUUUGCCAUGAACUUUUAAUUCAAAAUGUAACUGCUACUAAACGUGACAUUUAUUAUAAAGAUGUCAAAUUAUUUGGUAACUCACAAACUGUUGAUCUGGUAAUAGAUGAAUUGGCAUGUUUUUUUCAAAUACCAAGAUCCUGUUUAAAUGUGAUUGCUUCCGCCAAAGGAUUAGUCGCUGGUUCAUUAAAAAUAAUUCAAAAAGAUAGGUCUAUAUUAGAUUGCUCAAAAACGAGUUGUCAGGUAAUUCAGUAA